AUGGCCCAGAGGCUUUCAAAGGAUUUCAUCAAGGCCAGCAGGGCAUACAUGAAUGUGUUCAGCACUCGAUCAUUCCCGAAUAUCAAAGAGGAGUUCCAGGCAGCGCAAAAGCAGCCAGGGAAAUUCGAACGUCUGCAUAGCGAUAAAAAAUCUGCGACCGGAGGCCACUGCACCGUUUGGAUCAGGUAUCUUCGCCCUCCUACCAAACCCCAGGCGGGAGUAGAGACGAACCCCUACUUCGAAGCACACAUUGUCAUCGCUGCGGGAGAUGAGUACACAGGUGACACUAAGAACAAGCAGUUUGAGAAGAUGCAGGUCGCCCUGCCCGCCUCCAUAGUAACUGCGUUGGGGAACAACGACGGCCCAGCGAUAGCUGAAGCCUUCAAGGACACCAUCUUGAAGGAAUGGGAGUCGGGUUCCAACGAGACCGUCUCCCAGUGA